AUGGAAGAUAAAUUAAUUGCUUAUACUCAACAAUUGAUGGCAAAAAAUGAUGCGACACCAUCAGAAUUAAAAAAUGCUGAAGAUGAUUAUGGUGUUAAAAAAAGAAAAAAGGAACAUAAAUUGCAAAGAGAAAAUUCCUCUUCAUUAAUUGAAGAAUUAGAAUUAAAGAGAAUUAGCAAGCAAGUAGAAAUUAUUGCCGAUAUUACAGAAGAAAACGAAUACAGAAAAACUAUACCAAAGCACUUGAGAAGAGAAGCUGAAGAUAAAAAAUUACAUUUUUUAACCAAGAUUUUAGAAAUAAAAGAAAAUUUUUUUCAUCAUAGAGAAGAAGCUACAAAAUAUGAACUUGCAACUCAAUAUGGAAAUAAUGCCCGAGAAUGGCUAAAAAAUUACAAUUCAGAAAAAAACAAACCACGAGAAAAUUCAACCGACUCAGAACCCAUUAGUCCGGAAAAACAAGCCACCCUCAACUAUCUAAACAACUUAAUAGUAGAGGCAGCCAAGAUUAAACACGGAGAUUAUUCUUCUCUCUCGGUUGAAAAAUUUCACUCCCCAAACAGUUUAAAAACAGCUAAAAAUAAAGUCUUACGAGGUGAAAUUGAUUAUUCGGAAGCAGAGUUAAACGCACUGGAUAGCCAAGAGAAAGUUGAAAAAAAACUAGCCCAAGUAGUCGAUGCUGUUUUUUAUUACGUUGGGCAUUUAAAGGGCGGUAGUGGACAACCCGCUGAAGCCCAGGAAAUUUUAGAAAAUUCCGCUCAGUUAUUGAAAGAGGAAGUGACAACCAAAGUAGAAGCAUUAGGGGAAAAUACAGUUUUUACCGAUUUGUUUCCUCAACAACCAGAUUUAGCAAAAACCGAGGAAAGAACUAGUGACAAAAAUUUUGUAGACGACAAAAAAGAGACUCCGGAAUCAGUCAAAAGUAGUGAUGUCACAAAGAACAAUCAAAAAACUUCUCAAACACCAGUCCUAGACGAGAAUGAAGCGACUAACAUUUCUGAAAACCAAGCACCCGAAGCAAGCACUUCAACAAACAUUCCUAGCACCAAAAAAAACGCUGGCAAUAAUUCUUUGCCCCAACGCCUAAUUGACUUAGAUAAAUAUAAAAAUUUAUGA